AUGUCGUUCUUCUCUUCUGAGACAGGCAUAACAGGAACUAUCGACAGCCCACAGAACUGGAGCACUGACUCUUUAACUACUCCUCAUGUUCUACGCUGUGAAAUCACCGCAUUACGGAUUGUGACCACUCAGCCCUCAGUGCUCAUAGUGGGGUGCCGGCAGAGCCCGGCUCAGUCUGGCUCGUUCCUGGACCUGCUGAGCAGCUGUGCGAGGCUUGUUGGUCGAACGAGGAUUUUUUGGUUGUGCUGUGCUGGUCGUGCCUGGGGCUGCUUGCAGCAUCUCAGUGCCCGAUCCCACGGCAUCGCUUGUGUUUCCCUGGCCCUGCCUAGAGCAGCCAGCCGGGGCCCUACGGAGCGCACCCGCAGCAGCGGAGAGCUCAACACCAUCUCUGCAGCUGAGGUGACGGAGAGCAACUUGUCAUCGUCGGUUCUCCCAUCCCGCUGCAGUGAGAAGAGCAUGGCCACAGAAGAGGCGUGGAUGUGCUCCAUCUGCCGCGAUGUGAGACGGGACGUGGCGUCCGCAAAUCCCUGUAAGCACACGUUCUGCGUCGGCUGCAUCCAGCGCUGGGCGAUGCUGAGAGACAGCUGCCCGCUGUGCAGAACGGCCAUGAAGACCAUCCGGGUGUCGGUGCGGGGAGACGACGAGUACGUGGAGUGCAUCGUCUCCCCGCCCGCGGUGCCCGUGCCCGUCGGCUUUGGCACCGCCACCGGCCCCAGCGGCACCGCGCCCUCUGCACCACCGUCCCCCGGCAGGCAGAGGAAGACCGGAAGCAGGAGAGAGUGGCGGAGGAUUGUGAAAGAGGAGAUGGGCAAGCAGAUUUUAGGGUUAAGAAGAAAAAAAUAA